CCAGGCGCUAAUUUACAAGAAAUAGUUUGAUGCUAAGCUGUAAUACUAGCAGCUGUGUUGUUACUUCCUGAGGAACUGCUGCGUCAGCGGGGCAGUGCGCAUUACUAUUCCGGCGCCUGAGCGACAUCAAACCUGGAGCGGUCUCGUGGUCCUGAUGCGCUUACUCCGCACUGCGCCUAGGCACGGUGCAGGCCGCUCUCGCCCCCAGCACCAGCGCUGCGCCUGCUGCCUUCCCGCCAGCCCCGCCGGCGCUGGGGCUUCGCCCCCGGCAGGCCUGUCCGUCGCCACCAUGGCCCAUCUAUCCUCCUCCUCCUCUUCGGCCUCUGCCUCGGCGGCGGCGGCCGACGGCUCCGCGGCGGCUGCGGUGCUGGCGCGGGUGCGCAAGGCGCUGCCCAACGGCCGCGACCUGAGUGAGGCCUUCCCAGCCAUACCGCCAGGCCGUGUGGUGCGCUGUGCCAACCCCGCCUCCACCAGCCCCGAGGACGCCGCGUUCCUGCUGCGGGAGCUGCGGGUGCGAGACCUGAUUGACCUGCGUGCGGGCGAGGAGAUACAGGAGGAUGACCCGGGGUCUGUGCUGAUGGCGGCCACGUCCAUGCGGCUGUACGCGCGGGGGUGGCUCACACCGGGGCAGCUGUUCGUGCGACCCGACCCAUUGGCGUCCGCAGCCACCUCGCCGCGGCCCGCCACCGCCGCCUCCACCUCCGCCUCAGCAGCCUCCACCUCCUCCACCUCGCCUCCAGCACCCUCCACCUCUCCACCAACCCCCUCCACCUCAGCCCCCUCCACAUCAGCCCCGUCUCCCCCUCCCGCCGCGGCGCCACUGCCCACCGCGACGCGGCACCACAUCUCCCUGCUCGACCGCGGGCGCUACUACCUGGCCCUGGCGGCGCGCAUCCCCGCCGCCACCACCGCCGCCGCGCUGCUCACCAACAUCGUCAGCAAGCCGGCGGCGCGGCGGCUGCUGCUGCCGUACGUGAACGGCGGCGGGCUGCCGCUGCUGUACGAGAUGUUGCUGGAGAGCUCGCGGCCGGAGAUGCGGCAGGUGAUGGAGGUGCUGCUGGCCGCCGCCGAGCGCCGCCACGCCGUGCUGUUCUUCUGCCGCGCCGGCAAGGACCGCACCGGUCUGGUGGCGGCGGCGGUGCUGGCGGUGGCGGGCGCCAGCGAGCAACAGAUCAUCGAGGACUACGCCAGGUCCGACGCCUUACACCGCGUGGCGCUGGCGGGGCUGGAGAGCCGCGAGGAGCUGGCGGGUCUGGACAUGGCGGCGUUCGAGAGGGCGCCGCCAGAGGUGAUGGCCGCCACGCUGGCCUACGUGCGGCGGCGGUACGGCUCCCUGGCCGGCUACCUGGACAGCGUGGGCUUUGGCCGCGACAAGCAGGAGCGGCUGCGGGCGGCGCUCACCGGCGCCGACUGGUGAUCUAGUGAAUGUAUUUUAUAAUGCAGGUGAUGUGGUGGAAGUUGCUGGGGGAGAGGUGAGGUGAGGUGGGAGUGAGGCGGAUGUGUACAAUUAUGCCGAACUCGAGCCCAGCAUGAAGUAACAAGCCUAGGUGUCGGCACGGGUGUUUUCGCAUUGGCUGGGCGAGUAUGCUGGCAGUAGCACUAGCGCUAGCAGCGGUGUGGGCCACUGCGGUGCAACUGCGGUUUUGGGUUGGGGGGUUGUAGAUACCAGCCCAAACUGAACCGAACCCAAUUCAAAGGAGCGAGGAGGAGAGGAGCGGGUUGCCUGCCUCAUUAAUUCCAAUGGCUGGGGGCGCUGGGGCGCGGGCCGUGCGGCGCGGCGCAGCGUGUUUGCCCGUGUGGCGGAGAAUGUGUGUGUGUGUGUGUGUGUGUGUGUGUGUGUGAAUGUGUGUGUGUGUGUGUGUGUGUGUGUCGCGUCGCGGGGCCGGCGGCGUCUAGUGCGGUCGAACCGGAGCGAGCGAGGUGGAUGGGCUGCCGGGUUGGGCCGAUGUGGGCGUACCACAGCGUGUGUGUGCACGACCAGCGCCAGGCCCGGCGUGCGCGCUUGGGUUGCGUUGGGCCACGGGGGUGGCAAUGUUGGCAGUGUCGGCAGGUACGGCGGCAGUCAGCGGACGUGGGCGGCCAGUUGUAGGUCGGCAUUUGCGGUGCCGCUGUGCCCGGCGUGGGUGUUGCGGGACCUUUCAGGCCGCCGGCCGCAUCAGGCAAAAGUGGGCGCUGCUUGUGGGAGGAAGGCUCCUGCUACACUGCUGCGCUAGGCGCGGUGCUGUUGCAAGACCUGUGAGGCCACAGACUUGCAUUGGUAAUUCUUGCAGGUGCGGGCUUUCGAUUGUGCGUAGUUGAUGUAACGGCCAUGAUGC